ACAGCUGUAGCCCGGAGGAGACGCUCCUCUCCCGGCGUGACGUCCAUCCCUGAACCGCUACGAGUAAACACCAGAAGGUGACACUGUUCCAAGAUGGCAAGGACCGACGGGCUGCUGUUCAGACAACUGUUUGAGAAGGAGAGCUGCACCUACACAUACCUGCUGGCAGAUAAAAGCACCAAAGAGGCCGUCAUCAUUGAUCCUGUGCUGGAGACCCUCGACAGAGAUGUGAAGCUUCUAGAGGAAUUGGAGCUCAAGCUACAGUUUGCAGUCAACACCCACUGCCAUGCAGACCACAUAACGAGCACGGGGCUUAUGAAGGAAAGAGUCGACGGAUUAAAGAGUGCCAUCUCCAGAUUCAGUGGCGCUGCUGCGGAUAUCAAGUUAUCAGAGGGGGAUGAGGUCAAGUUUGGAAAAUUUCAUCUGAGCGUGAGAGAAACGCCAGGACACACUGACGGCUGUAUAACUCUGGUGUUGUGUGAUCAGAGCAUGGCUUUCACCGGAGACGCUCUGCUCAUCAGAGGCUGCGGCAGAACAGACUUCCAGCAGGGUUCUGCUCCAAAGCUCUACCAGUCAGUCCAUGAGAAGAUCCUGUCUCUGCCUGAAGAGUGCCUCCUCUAUCCAGCACAUGACUACUUAGGUCAGACAGUUUCUACAGUCGGUGAGGAACGUAAGUUCAACCCCCGCUUGACCAAGACCUUGGAAGAGUUUGUGAAGAUCAUGGACAACCUGAACCUCUCCAAACCAAAGAAACUUGAUAUUGCUUUGCCGGCUAAUAUAGUUUGUGGAUUACACGGACUCUGAAAGCCCCAGAGAAGACAGC